AUGGCUCCUAAGGUUUUCCUGACUGGCGCCACUGGCUACAUCGGCGGGGACGGUUUGUUUACUAUUGCUAGCACCCACCCUGACUGGGAAUUCUCAGCCCUGGUCCGUAGCGAGGAAAAGGCAAACCAGGUUACCAGCAAAUAUCCGCAGAUUAGGACUGUGAUCGGUGAUCUAGACUCGUCCGAGCUGAUCGAAGAAGAAGUCAAGAAAGCAGAUAUUGUCUUCCACUUCGCUGAUUGCGAUCAUGUUGCCGCAGCUAAGGCCAUCACUAAAGGCGCUCAGCACCAUACCCCUGAGCGUCCAUUGUGGCUGAUCCAUACCUCCGGUACUGGUAUCUUGACGGUCGAGGACCAGCGCGCUGGCACUUACGGUAUUGAGCGCCCUAAGGAGUAUAACGACUGGGAGGGUGUCAGUGAGCUGGUAAACCUUCCAUCAGAUGCUUUCCACCGUAAUGUGGACGAGAUCAUCAUCGGGGCUGGUCAGCAGAGUCCCGCUAGUGUGAAGGUCGCAGUCGUUUGCCCACCUACCAUCUACGGUCCUGGCCGGGGCCCUGGUAACACAAAGAGUAUACAAGCCUACUUGCUCAGUGCUGCAGUGUUGAAGCGCAAACAUGGUAUUCUGGUUGGAAAAGGUGAGAACAUCUGGCACCAGGUUCAUGUCCAGGAUCUGAGCAAUGUCUAUCUGGCCCUGGGCGAAGCAGCCUCAGUAGGAGGUGGCAAGGCUACCUGGAAUAACGAGGGUUACUACCUCGCUGAGAAUGGGUCCUUUGUAUGGGGUGAUAUUCAACGCGCUAUUGCGCAGUCUGCUUUUGAUAAGAAGCUUAUUGCUUCUCCUAAUGUUGAGUCUCUCGAUGGUGCCCAGACGACCGAGGUACAUCCUGCCGGAGUCUAUGCUUGGGGCUCUAACUCUCGCGGCAACUCGAUCCGUGCGCGCAAGCUAUUUGGUUGGACACCCCAGAAGCCUAAGCUGAUUGAUCUUAUUCCUGAUAUUGUCGAGGGUGAGGCUAAGUCUCUUAGCUUGCUGUGA